AUGGCGCCUCGCACUGACUUCCCGCCGAUUCGGGCCUGUCUGUUCGACAUGGACGGCCUCUUGCUCGAUACCGAAGACAUCUACACGCUGUGCGUCAACCUCAUGCUCGAGAAGUACAACCGCCCUUCGCUGCCGUGGUCCAUCAAGGCGAAGCUGCAAGGUCGCCCCGGCCCCGCCGCCAACAAGAUCUUCAACGACUGGGCCAAGCUGCCCAUCACCGGCGAAGAGUACAUCGAGCAGCUGAGCAAACUGCAGCGUGAGCACUUCCCCGGCGCCAAGGCUCUGCCUGGUGUGCCCAAGUUGCUGGGCGAUCUGGGCCGCACCCGCUACUGGGACACCAAGACCGCCGCCGCCGACAAGACCAAGGAGAGCGCCCACCGCGUCCACAUUGCGCUCGCCACCUCCUCGCACGAGGCCAACUUCCGCCUCAAGACGAACCACCUGACCGAGCUGUUCUCCGUCUUCGAGACGCAGCGCCGCGUGCUCGGCGACGACAAGCGCAUCCCGCCCGGCCGCGGCAAGCCGCUGCCCGACAUCUACCACCUCGCGCUGAGCACCAUCAACGACAGCCUGCCCGCGGGCGAGACGCCCAUCACCCCCGAGGAGUGCCUCGUCUUCGAGGACAGCGUCCCCGGCGUGGAGGCCGGCCGCCGCGCCGGCAUGCGCGUCGUCUGGGUCCCCCAUCCUAAGCUGAAGGAGGAAUACGCUGGCCGCGAGCCCGAGGUGCUUGCCGGUAGCACUGGUGAGGCCGGCGAGGUGGAUUUGCACCAGGUCGGCGAGGUCGGCGACGGCUGGGCCGAAUACAUGCUCAACCUGGAGAACUUCCCCUACGAGAAGUACGGCAUCGUCAUCCCGCCCGCGGAGGUCGAGGAGCUACCUGAGAUGAAGGAGGGCAGCACGGUUGCCGAGGUGCAGGUUGAGGAUGGUCACAAGGCGUAG